ACCAGUUAUCGGUGCUGCAAGCGUCUGAAAAGACGCAGGAAAACAUUACAUUUUUAAUGUUGUGACCUAAAGAGGGAGUGAAAAUCCCAAAACUAAUGCCAUAAACUGCAAAACAAUUGUACAAAUUAUUAUCAAAACGCGGUAAAUGAGUUUUUUAUGUGUCAACCAUGCCAAUGCCAAGUCAAAUCAAGAGAAGAAGCAACGAAAGGGCGAAAGCGGAGCUUCAGUUCAUCAAGUCCAAUGCAAAUUACGAAUACGUUUGUCGCUGCUGUCUCAAAUCGGACGCGGAUUUCAUUCAACUGGAUACGUUGAUGGUAUCACGAAACUUGGAGGGAAAUGAUGAAUCGGAUAAAAUCCCUUUAUUGCGUUGCUUACUCUUUUGCAUACGCACGGAUAAUAAACCCGAUUUGCCACAAUUAAUCUGCACGGAGUGUAGCAAGACUUUGCAAAUCUCUUACUAUUUUCUGCAAAAUGCUUUGCGUGCCCAUGAGAUUCUUUGCCGUAAACUAUGUUCAGAUAAGCCAACACAUUCGCGGCUUGGAGUGCAGCUUAAUGGCAAUUUUAGACAUGAGACGGCGCCAAAGGAAGUCCCUUCACCAGACAGCAAGGCGAGAUCGCAGAAGUCGGGCAAUAUCCGCCAUGAAUGCAAAAUUUGUGGCACAGUGGUACACAAUCGUAUGGAACUUAAGCAGCACAUACGUCUGCACAGAGAUACAAUCAUUCAGAAUUGCUCGAUGUGCAUUUUUAGUACGAUAAAGCAGAGCCAUCUAAUGGAACACUAUCGAGUGAUGCACAAUCUAACAACAGCUCAGGCGGAAGAUCGCAUUAAUUUGGAACAACUUGAACAAAAACUGCAAGAAGGUCCUAAAGUUUGCACUCUAGAGGAUAUUGAAAUGCUUAUACCGACUGUAUUGACACCCGAGGAUUAUGCUCAGCCAAAAAGUGAAUACAAUAUUGAGCCACACUCGAUGCCCAAUAAGGAGACAAGUGCGAAUAAUGUUAGCAUUGGCACGGAAUUCCUUGUCAUGCCUGAUGGAUCACUACAACAAGUGAAUGGUGGUGGAGUCCUUUUUGAAUAUAUCGAUGACAGCAAACGUAAUGUGGCACCCACGAGCAAUUUAAAUUUACAAACUCUUCUUGGAAAUGACAACCUAUCCCUCGAUCCCAUGGAUAUAGAUAUUAAUGACCUUAUUGUGGAGGAAAAUCUACCGCAAAUAAAAACCAAGCCAAGACCUGGAAAAAUGGCAGCUGCUACUUUCAAGCACAAGUGCACAAUUUGUAUGAAAUCAUUUCCCACUUUGGCCCGCUUAAAAUCUCAUCAAUUAACCCACAGUAAUUUACCCAAAUUUCAUUGCGAUCAGUGUAAUUUCUUUUCGCUGCUUAGCUCUGAUCUUGCCUAUCAUCAUAAAGUAAUGCAUCAGGAGCCGCCGACACCGGCCCCGGUCCCAGCCCCGGCUCAAACAUCGACUGUAGAACAGGGUGAGAUAUUAUCAUGUGAUCUGUGCCUGUUCGAGACAAGGAUAUCAAAUGAGCUGUAUGACCAUUAUACUGACAAACACAUGGUUCGUCCCACAGAGGUGCAAUUACGCCCCUGUUGGUCUGGUGGCGCGGAGACAGUGGUAAACACGGCAAUCCCUCAAUUGCCGACGGAUCAAGGGCAAAAUAUUGUUAAUCCUUAUCCAGUGCCUGUACAGCAAAUUCUUCCACAAACCGCCACAAAUAUUAUUGCGCAGCAGCCGGCACAGGCGAAUACAACAGCAACUAUAACACCAAUGGGCGAUAUUAGUGUGGUUGUUGAUGCAACACCAUUAUUUUUCCCCAAUGGCACGCAAACAGCUGUGACUACAGUUGUCCCACUAGCACCACCACCACCACCACCACCUGCACCAGCACCACCAUUGCAAGCUUCCACAGUUCCUUCAGCUAUUGUGGAUAAUAGCAAUAUCAAUUGUACCAACACCACCACCAACACAUAUGUUGAAGCAUUUCCAGAAAUCUCAGCCAACGAGAAUCUUGUCCAGACAACUGAGCAGACAACUAUUCCGCCAAUCCCGAAUCCAAAUUUACCAACAACUUUUGGCGAUAUGCAAGACUUUAUCGAUAAUACAGAUGUGGCAGCCAUAUGCACCAUACCAGCGGAUGGUAUGCCCGUUGUUGAUGGCGAUGAUAUAGUUAUUGAUAAUAAUAAUAUAAGCUUAGAUUUUGAUGCCGAAAAUCUCUUUGGUGAAUUCGAAGAGGAGGAAGAGGGUGGUGGAGAGGCAGUUGUUGGUGCUCCGAAAGAUGUGGUUGAAGAGGAAGCCGAAGAGGUGGAGGAGGAGGAAGAAGAGGAGGAUGUUGAUAAUGAUGAUGAAAAUGACAACAAUGAUGAUGCAACUGAUCAGAAUCUAUUGCUAACCAGUGAUGACGACGAUGUCGAUGACUUCGAUGAUGAGCAGUCGAGACAUUUGCAAAAACCAUAUUGCAUCUAUUGCAACAAAAAGUUUACCAGCCAAUACAAAUUCGAGAAUCAUAUGUUUGUUCAUAGGGGUCUGGCUCCCUAUCGAUGUGAAUUGUGCACAAAUCUUUACAAUAUGAAACGUCUACUUAUACGGCAUUACAAGACCGUACACAAACGCAUGCCCACCCGCGAUAUGGUCCAGGCAAAGGGAGAUAAAAUAACAGUAGCUCGUUCUAAUAAGGAAACCAUUCAGGUUGAUGUCAAUAAAGAUCCAAUGCUUAUGUGCGCCAAAUGUCCAUUUGAGUGUGAGUCGGAUGCGGAUAUGAAAAAGCAUUUAAAUGCUCAUCAUGGCAUAAAUGAUGGUGUUUCCGUACAUGCCAAUGAAGUGUUUAUUAUACGUAAAUUGCCAUUUGAGUGCCCACGUUGUAUACGUUCGUUUGCUGCCAAAAGGACACUAACACGUCAUUUACAACGUAGUCACCUGGUGGACACCAUAAUUGAGCUAACAGGUCCAGCCGCAACAAUACCAUCACCAAGCCAAACCGAAACCAAUGCGGUGGCAAACGAAAUCGUGCCAUUGAACAAUGCCGUAGAUGCCACCGCAGAAAAGGAAGCUGACACACCGGUAGCGGCUCCUGUUCCUGAUGACACAGCGAUGGUUCCCGUUGCUGCUGACACAUCGAUGGGGGCUGCUGCUGCUGCUAAUGCUGGAAUAGAUGGAAUAAAUGUCACCGAAUGCGAAACCACCGAUACACUCGUUCAAAGUGAGAAAGAGGCUGAAGGUGAAGCUGCUGCUGCAACAGUGGAAGAAAAUGAACCUGCGGCUUUAUCAACAGCCAAUUCGGAACCAUCUACUUUGGAAGUAAAGCCAACUGAAGUUACUACUGCUAACACCACAGCAACUACAACUACAACAACAGCGGCUCCGGCAACAGCACCAGCUUCACCAACAGUAACCACAGCUUCGACAUCUUCAACAAUUUUUAAUACACCAACACACUUCGAUUUCGAUUAUGAUUUUAUGGGUGAUAGUACAUCUACGCCCAAUGGUAACAUCAAUACCCCAAAUCCCGAUUCUAACAAUACCAAUCCCAGCAGUACUACCACUACUACAAACAAUAACAAUAAUAACAACAACAACAACACUACUACAACAGAUGGUUAUACACCAGCAGCCGAAGAGCUUCCCAGUCAUGUACUCAAUGGCAGUGACAAGUUAUUAACUGCCGCCACCAUGGAGCCAUCACCCAUUAAGGACGGACGAACGCGUCUUCCACGCACCCCGAUUUUUGUAUGCAAAUUGUGCAAUAAGACAUUUGAUGAACUAAGUAAACUCGUUAAACAUGAAACCGAAAUGCAUUCUGGCGGAGAGCCGCGUCGAGUUGCCUUCCAGCACAAGUGUUCCACAUGUCAUGCAACGUUUCGUACCCUUACAUUGCUAAAGUUUCACAUGAAACGACAUUUGGCACGCCGAUUUCAAUGCAACCGCUGUCCCAAGUGCUUUAUCAAGAAGCCGGAAUUGGAGCGACAUAUCUUAAUGAAGCACGCAGAAAAACAUGACACGAGCAGCAAAGAUAAAGCCUUCAGAUGCUCAUUGAAUGGUUGUACGAAGACGUUUAAUUUUAAACAUCAUAUGGUUCGUCAUCAAAAUGCCGUGCAUCUGAAGGUUCGUCAUAUCUGCAAUAUUUGUGAAAAAGAGAUGAUAAAUAGUUUCAAUUUGAGAGUUCAUAUGCGGAUUCACAGGGGCAAUGGACAGUCGUACAAGUGUCCGAAUUGUGAUAAAACCUACGUGCGACGCGGACCGCUUCGUCUACAUGCUCGUCAAGCCCAUCAACUUGAGCUAACUGAAAGCGAUUGGGCCGGAAUGUUAUGCAAUAAUGUUCGCUCCAACAGUUUGCACGUGAAAAAGCCUUCACGUAAAAAGAAAACUUCAGAGGCACCAGCCGGCGACUAAAAAGAAAAGCAAUUUUGAAUAAUAAGCACAAUCAAUGAAUGUAUCUUUUCACUGUACAAAAAAAAAAAAAACAAAAACACAUAAACUUUUAAAUGUAGUUGUAGUUAUAUGUCACGAAGUUGUGUUGGCGCUAAUGGUAUUCCAAAGUUUUCCACUUUUUAUCUCCCUAAUUUUCGUAAUGUAAAUAAGCACAAGCACUCUCUUGGCAUCAGAAAUAUAGUCAUUGUAAGAUGCUGUUUAAUCAUUAAGGGUACUUAAGAUACACACAAACACUUAAGAUACGUUUUCAUUGAAAAAAAAAUAUUUAUCUAACUAUUGGAUUUGUCUUUCUUUUUUUUUGAUAUCUUAAAAUACUAGUUAAUAUCUAAGAAUGAAAAGUUUAACCACUUUUAAAUUAGUUAAGCAAAACAGAAUUUCUGCUUCGAGCCGAUGUGGUUUUUUUUUCAAAUAUUUGGCAUAUGCAUUAAAUAUUCUCAUCCAUAUACAUAUAUAAGAAAUGCAAAUGCUGUGUAAUAAUUAGUGCCCUAAAGAGUAGCUAACACUGAACUCUAGAAUUAAGAUAAAUCAAUUAUUAAAUAAUAAAUAUUUUUUUUUUGUUCACAUGAGAGA